AUGUCGUCAACAGUUCUAGCGCAGAUUAUCGACGAAUUGGGUACGAACUUGGCCUCAGACCGGGAGUUACACCUUUUAAAGUCUGCGCAUCGAAUAAUAGAGAAAAAUCUAUCGAUCAAUACGCUCACGGACCGGAAUGACGUCGUAUGUGUUUAGAUUUUGGCGUGCAACGUCGAGAAAUGGAUGGAUUUUUUGCAGUACCAUCGACAUGUGCAUCGAUUAAUGAGUAUCACGUUCGUGAGCCUGGAGAAGUCAAACGCGGACGUUCGGUUAGCCGCAGAAUCCUACUACGAGCACAUUCUGAAGGUUUUCCAUCUCUUCCACUCGGAAAGUCGCGUAUUUUCUUCAUUUCAGACAUACGAGUGCCUUGGAUUCCCCGAGACAUCUCUGAAACUCGUGGCGAUGAGUAUAGAGCGGAUGAAUGGUGCACGGCAAAGUACGAAAAUGAUGAAGUAUCUGGUGUACUAUCUGGAUGUUUUGCCCAAGCAAAGGUUCAAAAAAACUGGCUCUGGUCACGUUUUCAUCUAAUUUUUUCAGAACUCUUGAGAAAAGUGGACGAACAUUCCAUCAAGAAGUGAUCAGAACGCUCAUUCUUCGAAGUUUGGAAAUCAAUCAGACUAUUUGCCACCAAUCGCUUGAGAAAUCGUGCGAUCGACUUGUGUCCGGAGUUGUGUGGCAUGGAUCUGACCUGAGGGUGAGAAAAAAAGAAGAAGCAACGAGUUUUACACAAAAUUGGCUGCAGGAAAUCGCGGACAAAACAUAUCACAAACUGUGGGUGACAAAAGGGCACGCGUCGAGGACGAUGGCGGCUCUCUUAGGAGCUGUGAUGCUGGAGAGCAAAGACAUUUUCCAGACUGUGAGGUUUCCUUCCUUUUUGUGGUUUUAGCAGAGCUGAGCAAAAGGCCCGCCCAAGGGCAUUGCCGAGGCCUGGACACACAAACCUAUUUGAAAUAAUCCGUUCGUACGCAAAUUGGAUUGAAGUAUACUGGAUCCAAGUUUCAGAUCGUUCGGGUUAUCUGGUCCCAAGAUCUGUGAAGCAGCGGCCGGAAAGGCCGCAUUUUUCCCAAGAAUCCGACCCUUUUCAACCUUUAACAUAUCUUUGGACCAGAAAAUUCGAUCGUUGUAAAAAAGUGUUUCAGAUGUUCAACAAUCAUCUCGACAAAGUCAUCGACUCCUUCGUCAACAAUCAAACCAUCCCAGUCGGUUCAAUCAGUCUCAUCAGAAAGUGCCUGGCGGAGUACGUGAAUGACAUCCCGAUCGACAGUUUGAAAGCGGUCAGUGCAAGUCAUACCCCAAAUAUCGGCUUAAUUAAUUCACAUUGUUGCAGUUAGUGGAAAUGCUGCUUCUCAUGAUCAGAGACUCAUCCAAUGAAAUCGCCUACGACGCAUUUGCCGCAUUGGAAGAGUUGAUGCGAGUUGGACCGGCAAAACUAGACGGGUUCACACCUGAAAACUACUUGAAGUCAACCUAUGGCGAUAAUACGCCGGAACCUGAAGAAGUAAGAGCAAAAUCGAUGUUCACACGAUAGAAAUGGAAUGUUUUUGCAGAAAAACGAGACCGCCGAGUUUGUGGACCCACUUGUCAACGCCGACUUGUACGAACAAAUGCAAGAAACAAAACCUCCUCAGAAAGUUGAUUUGACUCUGGAGCAUUUUGAUCGAAUCGCUGUUGGCUCGACACGAUCGGUUGAAAACUACGUCGCCGCAUUCCUUGGAAAAACGUUUUUGCUGACUGGAAUCGGAACACUGCUGAAGACAGACCGGCAAUCGAAAGAUUCAAUGAAGAUUCUUGCAAUACGAGUGCUCAAUGUGCUGUGCUUGAGACUUCAUCUUGAAAAGUUCGUUGUUCGCAUCGGUGAGAGAUAAAAGUUGAGAAAUACACGUAAUGAGAGUUCCAGGCGACAAAACUCAAUGUCUCGUCGAUAUUGUCGAGUUCUCAAUCUCGUCCGACGAUCAACUCGCUCAGCAAGCUAUCAAGUUUGCGUUCAUCGUGUUGGAGACAGGAUUUAUUAUUGAAAGUAAGGCGUUGAAAGAUUUCAGAUGGCAUUAGAGCAACAGAACAUUUCAAUUUAAAUCUAUUCCAGACUGUCUAUUCAUAUUCAAAUCCGUCAAGAAGUAUCGUUACCUGCUGGACGCAUACACAUCGAACCACAUAAAGCACCUGCACAACACUGACAUCCAUGAAUUUCUCGAGAUCAUGGCUUUUCGAUCACUUUUGACCACUCAUUACGACCUGAGCCUUCCCGAAGUGAUCAGUGCAAGUCGAUUCAUGAAUGUGGUCAGAGAAUGGGUCGAGACGAACCAAGAACGGGAUGGGAAACGGUGGAAAGCAGUGGAGCGCUUCCAAGAUUGCUUGAAAAGAUGUAAGUAUCUUAAAAGUGGUCUUCUGCUAAUACAUGAAUUUUUCAGGCAUCAUUGACUACUGGGACACUCCGAGGUUCAUCAGCACCGUCCCAUCUCUGGUCGGCACGUCGUCGGAACCGUCGGAAGAUGCCUACCCUCCCUCUAUCCCUCUCCAAAUCAAUAAUCUUACUAGAAAACGAGUAGAAAACAAGAAGAAGGCGAACAAUCUUGGGUCGGCAAUAUAUGACGACUGGAGGACGCUACUUCUUUCGGAAGCUCUCAUGGUACACUCAAGUCAUUAAUUCACUCCACACAAUAGAUCAUUUCAGCCGACAUUCGUGAAGAUAUCAUCAAUCCUGGAAAAUAACAACAACAACACCGUCUUUUGCCACGAGAAACUGCCGAUGCUGAGCAAAAUGCACUGGAACUCGGACACUGUGCCGGCUCUGCUUCAAGUCAUGACCACGGCGCUGACAGAUUCGCCAUCCAAAGACGACUGCUAUCACGGAUUCCACGUCGGCAUGUCAGUUCUCAACUGGAUCUAUCGGAAUGUAUUCAUUGUGAGAGGUGCCGCCGAAACGAAGGAGUUUUCGUUUCUGCAGCACUCGAGAGUCGAGAUGGAUGACGCAUUGGGCAAUCGGACCGAGUUCCGGGCAACACUCGACGCAUUUUACGUCAGUUUUUUCUUCCGAAACUGAAAAUAUGCAUAUGUCUUUUAACGUUUCAGAGAACAAUCCAAAGCUCGGCCGAUGAAAAGUUGGAGCAACUUCUAACCCCCACUGUUGAUUUGGUCAUGUCGGUAUUGGAAAACAACUUCCGGCUCACCACGGAAAACGUAUUGGAGAUUAUUGUCUACAUCAGAGUGAGUGCACAACUUGUUUGAGACUCCGUAUCAUUUCAUUUGCAGGUUCUCUUUACUUUAUCCCCGGUGAAUGCUCUCAAACUCCUACAUAUCCUUCUCCGAUCACUUCUCGACCCGAAACUUGUAGAAGCUUUGACGAAAGGACGUGUCUUCUAUUUUGAAUCGCAAAAAAGUGGGAAAAACCUCAAUUCGAACGACGAUGUCUUGAUUUCUGCUCUCAAGUGCACUGGCGAUCGAUACUUCAAUCGAUGGGGCGAUGACGUUGACAUUGAGAAAGUGAAAUCAGGAGCAAUGACGUUCGAGAUAUUGACGCAGUUGGAACCGCUCAUCACGCAGAGUCUAAAGACGUUCCGAUAUCGAGGAAAGAGGGAGAAGGAGCAAGUACUGCAGAUAAUGAUCUGUCUGAUGAACCACAAGCUCAAGUUGUCGGACGCGGACCCCACACAGUGUCUGAUGAAGUUUGCAGUUCAAACGUUCGGGAAGCCGGAGGAAUGUGCUCAUCCGGAACUUUUCGAUACGGUGAGCAUCAUUUUUGAAACAGUUACUCAAUUUUCGUUUUCCUCCAGUUGAUGCACUUCCUCGCCACUGCCACACGAUUCCAAAUUGACGAGGAGUAUGAGACACCGAUCCAUGCAGCAACAUCGAUGAUGAAGUCUGUGAAGAAACUUCCAAAGGAACAUGUUCGCUUUGGUAUGCGGUGUCCAUGGAAAGUUUACAAUAACUCACACGUUUUCAGUCAUGAAAGCUGUAAGUUUUGCGGUGAUGAACGGAAGAUUCGAGAUUUCCGAGACGGAAGAGCUGCUGGAGACAGAUCAUGCCACGUGGAUGAUAUGUAUGGAACAUGCACCGACUGAGACUCUCUACACACUGUCUCUGCUUCUUGAGAAGACUAAGUGAAUCAGCAAGAAACGGAAAACUGUAAAAACUUGCCCACUUCCAGGGAAACUGUCAACAAUCAGCAGCUUUUCUGGUCGAUCUAUUCAGCAUGGAUAUCUACCGAUCAUCCAAAUGCGGCACAAGUUCCGUUCUCCGCAAUGGCUUUGCCUUUGUCCUUGAUAACCGAAUACCUCACUAGUGAUGCCGUUCAAGUGAUCAAAAUCAUCGACGGCUGGGUGAAAGAGCCCACGGCAGGCAACAUUCAUGCGAAAUGUGCUCUCAUUGCUGUUCUCAACUUCAGAAAUACCGGAGAAACUGAUCAGGAACAGUGGAAACGGUACGAACGAUUUUUCAAACUUCUCAAUACCGAUUACUGCAAUUUUCAGAUACUUUGAGUACAUCAAAACGCAUGGAAUGCACACAAAGACCGCUGAAAUAAUUUGGAAACACGUUAACCAGUCACUGCUGCCAAUUGGGGAAGAAGAAGACGCUUUCGACGAGGAACUCGCCGAUUCCGAUGGCUCUGAUGCUCUAGCAGGCUUGCUGUCGAAGCAUUAUUGCGGAUCGUAUCAGGAUUUGUGCCACAUCAUCGUAUGUCUUGGAGAUGAGGCCGUGUUUGAGUUCAUCGACAUUUGUGAGGCAGAACAGCCGAACGAUGACACGCUAUGGGCGUUGUUAGUUGCGGAGUUCAGACGAUUGGAUGGUAAGUGAUAGAUAGAAAGAAACCAUUAAGAGAUAAAAGAAAUUUGCAAAUUCCAGAUGACUUGGAACACCGACUCGACAUCUCGUUCCGCCUACAAGAGUUGGCGGAAACACUUGCAGACAGGUUCAAUGCCAAUGUGUAUCUCAAGUUGCUGGCUCACAUUGAAGUGAGUCCGAAAAAGCGAUGACCAAAUAAAUAUAUGUUUAAGAAUUCAAACAUCAACCUGGCCUGCCUCGACAUUACCCAAGUUCAGCUCCUACUCGAUCAAGUCACCCCGGAAUGCUCAGAGGUCGGGCGGCAGGUCCACAACUUAUCAUGACUCUUAAUUUUUGCAGAAUGGUUACGUGCUACGCGGAGUGCGUACUCUUCUCGGCCACCCACGAAUGCUUCAGCUCAUUUCCGAUGAUGAGCUCGAAACAGCAAAGCUUUUUGUGAAACUCGCUGAAAAAGUGACGGGCAUCGAAGUGACCGACGCAUUGCUCGCCACCUACCAUCAGUACCGAGUGGACUUUCAUGUCAAGGGAGAGAUGAACGAGAAACGGGUCAAGGAGAUCAAGAAGUUCACGUUUGCCAUGUUUGUGCUCUGUCAAGAAGCCAAUCUGAGAAGUCGAAAAGGAUUAACUAAAACUCAGUCAGGUACGGAGCACGAGACACCAAUCAUGUACAAAAUUUCGCAAAUUUUCAGCAUGCUUCCGUCAUCCGAUUCUCAACUCGCUCUUCAACAUUCCACUUGUCGCUAUGAAAUGUUUCAACUGGAUACCAGUUGUGGAGAUUCUGAGAAAACCCACAAUAACCUGUCUCCCGCCCACCGGACACAUUUGCGAGGGCAUAGUCCUGGAUGACUUGAGAUCCCGCUUGGCGAAAGUGGGAUUAGUGACCAAUGCGCAGUUCGAAGUUCUCUUCACAACGAUGCAAGCAGUGAUCGCUCACACCGUGAUCGGACCGGAGAAGUUGGACCACGAUUCGAAGGACGUGUUGGAGAGGGAAUCGAAAAGCUGCAAAGCUCUUCAGCUGUACAUUGCCACGAUUCUCACGUCGAUGAAGUACCCGAAUGGCGGCGAUCCGUCGUCGGGAUUCGUGCUCAAGUCGCCGUACAUUUCGGAGCUCUUCCUUCAAAGCUCCGAGUUUGCUCAUUUGUGCAAUCUGAAAAGUGUUUGGAAGUGCGAGCCAAGGACCGCGUUCACCACACCUCUCGAGAGACAUAACCCAAAGACGUGGACGAAAGUGGGUGUUUGCAGAAUGAGCAGACAAAUUCAUUUCACUCAAUUCUUUUUUACAGUUUGACGGACAGACAACACUGUAUGGAAUCUGUCAGACUCCGCUGUUCUCGUUGUGGCAACUGUGCGGCAUGAUGCCAAUCGAAUUCAAGCAACAUGCCAAUUAUCAUGUUAGUUGUUCAAAACAGCACAAUAAAAUGAAACUUUUAAAGAGAAUCGACCACAGCGCAAGCAACUACUUCCUGACAUCGGCCACCAACAUCGAUACUAUCUCAAAUGUGAAACAGCUGAUGAACAUCUUCGAGUAUUGGUACAGCCAAGGAAUCGGAGAGCUCAGCGAGUCGUUGCUCCACGCCAUUCUUCACACAAUUCUUCAUCUUUCCGACUUUUUCGAUGAUCCGGAUCUACAUAGAGCAGUUCUCCGGACCACUUGCAUCAUCUACCGGCAUGGUGAGCGGAUUUACAGCAACUGACGCUCAGAAAAUCGUUUCAUUUUGCAGAAUACGACCAGAAUCCGUUCCUCUCCUCGUUCGUCUUAGUGAUGUUCCUCAAAUCGAUAUCGGUACUGGGAGCAGACGCGCACGGUCCAGAGUUCAAACAAGGAGAGCCAGAGCACAUCUCCUUAAAACUAGUUUCCACUGGUUUAGCGAGUUCCACAAAGAUCAUGAGACUUCACACCCUCGCCGGACUCCUUUACCUGGUGCAAUCCGAUUCGUACGAAUCCUUCGCCCCCGCAAUUGAUGUACUAUCCAGGUUUCUUGAAAAGUAUCUGAGGAGACUGGCAAACGGAUCUGUGUGAGUGUUUUGUGUGAGUUACAUAAUUAAUAUUGAUGUUUUACAGACGGAUCCAGUCGGACGAGUCACAGUUCGUCAUUGCUCUGCUCAUCAAACUACUCGAAGUGCCGAUCCGACUGAAACAAGACAAAAAGACGCUGCUCAAAUUGCUGUUGGCGUCGAUGAGAGUGAGAAGAGAACGAUUCAUUGUGGAACUGAUCGCCGAAGGAAUCGAGCAACUCUUGUGCAGAUCCAAUGAGUUCAAUGGCGAUGUGACCAACUUUAUGCUAGGUCAGUCAUUUUAAAGCUGUAAUCGAAACACCUAAGCCUUCUUCCAGCUGGAAUCGAAUCUGGAGACCCAUCCCCGUUCCCAACGGACAAUGAAUACUAUUGUCGUGCUGCGUACCGUAUUCUGAUGGUGGCGGCCACAAGAGCCAAGGUCGCAAACGACGUCAGCUCCAUGACACGGAUCUACAAGGCUCUUCAAAAGCUGUAAGCACGGAUCACUGAUGUGAUUAAUUCGAAAUUUUCAGUGGAUUCGACAUGCUCAGUCGGGGCGAGACAGCACCUGCCAUCACAAGGACCUUGCCGUUCUUUUCAAUUUGCGUCAAUGGAGUGGACCAAACGAUUGUGCGAUACGUCGAGACCUUCAUGCUUAAUGGAAACGACAAGGACACCAGAUUCAUUGUGACUUUGAUUAACCAGGUGAGCGAUCCCAUGAAAUUUGCACAUUUCUAGUUUAUUUUAGGUGGUCGAAACUGCGACAACAUCAAAGAAGUGGUCAAUCGAGUUGAAGACGUUCCGUGAGAGACUGGAGGCGAAGAAAGAGCUGUUGGAUGAGCAUGAAAAGUGGUUGCUCGAAAUAUUCAACAAAAAAAUGACUGAUUAG